AUGACUGCGCAACUUCCCGUUGCCCCUAAAAUGCUCUCCUCUGGCCUUCCCGACAAGGAGGAAUUAACGUGGAAAGAACAACCAGGUGGAAAACAGUACUUUUUCUCAGCAUUUUACGAUGACCGCGAGGGAGGACACGUUCGAAUUGUAUCACUUGUAGACAGAGAGACUAAACCACCGAAAUUCUGCAGAGUUUGGUACCAAGAAGCAGGUAAAACUGGACUCAGUGGUAACCUGUCUACUAAUGGAAAUGUAGUGCGACCGGCAAAGCUUGAGCGAAAUCCAAAGAGGGGAAAAUAUUCUGCAUCUCUUUACCAUUGCGAUGUGAAAGGAUUACCAAAGCCGCUGGCCGUUUCCUUGAUGGAAGACCGGCACUCUGCUCACGUGGGCAAUGUCCCCAUUCUCAAGGUGAUCGACAAGAGUAGGCCAAGCAAUUGGGAUGCGAACAAGCUGAGACGGAAGAUCGGAGUUUGUGUAGAGACCGCCCUUUUUGAAUAUAGUAACUUCAUGCGUUUGAUAGAGUUUGUUGAGGUUUACCGGACACUUGGAGCGGAGCAUUUCAUCUUGUAUAAUUACACUGGUGAUCCUGUGAUGAAUCCGGUUAUCCGGGCGUAUGUUCAACAAGGGAUAAUGACAAUAAUUCCCUGGAACUUACCACCAAAACUUCGCGUAAAUUCGGUUGGCAAUGAAGCCACAGAAGGAGUGCACUACUACGCCGAACUUUCCUCAAUCCAGGACUGCCUCUACCGUAACAUGUAUGACUUCAAAUACGUCGUGUUCGUCGAUACGGACGAGUUCAUCGUGCCAAGCAUACAAAACGACUUAUAUUCUUUGUUAGAAAGUUUUCCGCAGGACCGUGCUGGGUACGUGGGAAAGAGUGGAACAAAUUUGCAAAGUCCGUUUAAAAUACUGGAUUUUAGUUUCACAAAUGAUGUCUAA